UAAAAUAUAAUAAUCCUUUUGAAUCUGCAAAUUACAAUCUCCAUGGUAGGUCAAAACUCAACAACCAAACAGCCCCCAUUUUCCAUGGAAAUAAUAACCAUUUAUUUUCACAAAUUAAAUUAAAAUUAAAUCAAUACACAAAAAAUGGGUGACGUCAGCAAAAAGAAUUCAUUACCACUGGUAAUUUGCUGUCUGUUAAUGGCUGCGCUCUUUGCUGUAUCAGCUUCUUUCCAGUUCAACGACCCAGAUUGGUAUUUCUGGAUUCCUCUAUACGCCACUGCUUCCAUAGUCAACCUGGUCAACUCGGUUGAAGAAGCACCAAAUUCAAGAACCAGAAGAAUGGCGAAAUUCGCGUUACUGCUAGGGUUAUCACUGUUUAUCAAGGUCGGAAUCGAGGGUUUUGUUCGUGGGAUUAAUGGGUUUUGGUCGCUAGAUUUGCGGGAUAGGAUUGCGAGGGAGAAAUUUGGAAGCGGGCUCGUGAUUAUCUCCAUGUUUUUGUUCUUGGAGAACUCGUCCGACCCGACUCGUCGUCUUUACCCGACCCGAAUCGCUAAAUACGGGAUGCCGAUUCUGGUGGGCGUUGCGUAUGGCAUCAGUUUCUUUUUCUUUGCAUUUCAACACAAUGAAAUGAGAUUUUGAUCACAUUUGUCACAAGGCUGUGUUUGGCUCCAAUUUGGGACUUAUUUUCAUUUUAUUUUUGGAGAAUAAAUUCUUAAAUAUGGUAUUUUUUUCGUUUAUAUUUUGUAUUUUGAGUAGAGACGAUCGAAAAUAAAAUGUAGAGAUGUGGAUAAAAGUGUACGGUAAAUUACGGUCAUAUACCGAGAUAAGGUCAAAUUACAAAAA